AUGAAGCUAUUUCCUUCCAAACAAAAGCACCAGGGCGCCCCGAAACAACCCAAAGGAAGACCAUGGGCUCUUUCCCGAGUCCUCUGUCGUUCCCAAAAGGAGAAGCGUAUUGCAGCACCACCACCCGUUCCUACAACCGUGGCCACGAGACGAACCACCGCACGGACCAAAUCGGCAACUCGUGCGGCCAUCCAACGAAACAACUCGACGACACUUUUACUAGAAGAACAUGCGCAGAAUGACAUGGUGGACCGAGACUAUUGGGUGCCGCAACAGGUCCCCUUUGAUGAAAUUCGAAAGGACCAUAUGACUGCUCACAACAAUCGUCGAUCAAUUGUGGGUACCACCACCACCACCAAUAGUGAUAAUAAUAAUGGCGAACAACGAACAAGGCCCAUUCCAAACCAAACCAAGCCCGCGCCCAAUCUCAAAUCGAGUCUGGAUUCGAAACGAUCCGAAGGAACAUCCUCUUCUUGUACUACCAGUCUACUGGAUGAUACUACCUUGGGUUCUCUUUCCAGUGGCACGGACAGCACCUUGAUGGAUACGACUGCUAUAGUACAACAAGAUGGUUGUCAAGGCUGCGAAGAUGGCAAUCGAGACUUGUCGCUCUUUUUGUGUGGCAAGAUUUUGGAUCAAGCAGGAUUGCGCACCCCGCAAGAUACCGAAGACGAACGAGAGGCGUGGGACGAAUUGAUUUUGGAUUUGUUGUUGGCAUGA